UUCGGCACUUACACAGUAGACGUUGACUACAACCAACGGUGUCCACACCCAUCCUUCGUCGACACCACACUCUGACCCUCGCCCACGCCGUAGCUCAGCCGGCGCUGGCAAGCCCCGCAGCCUCUCGUCGACAAUGAACUGCCAAAAAUGCCGGACGCCGCUCAAGCUUGACGGCUCGCUCCAGGACCUCAACCCCGCCGCCUACGACCUCCUCGUCACAACAUCGUCGCAGCAGGCCCACACGAAACUCCCCGAGUCGCUGUCCUUGCCGUCUGCAUCAAGUCCGCGAGCCCAGAGCCGGCUCGCUGCCUACAAGGAGGCCGCCCAGAAUGCCGGCCCGCCGACCUUCAAACGCUACAGCGGCGGCCUAGCCCCGCGUGCCGAUAAGACCGGCGUACGCGACAACUCCAUGUCCUUCAUCCUGCUAGAGGGCUCGCAAAUAGCGCCCUCCUCCUCCAGACGGCCCUCCUCCAAGGGCUCCGCGGCCGACGCUGCCGGGCCCGCCGUCGACGACGAGCUGGACCCGUCGCCUUCGCGCGAGAUGGGCCGCAUGACGCGCCUGUUCGAGACGCUGUCGGCCCGCUCCGACAUCGACCACCCCGUGUGCGUCGAGUGCACCGACAUACUGGUCGAGGGCCUGCAGAAGCGGCUCGAGUCGGCGGCGCGCGAGCGCGACACGUACGUCGCCUUCCUCAAGCGGCUCGAGGCCGAGGCGCCCACCAACGACGAGCUGCGCGCCCAGGAGGCGGCGCUCGCCGAGGCCCGGGCCCGCGAGUCGGCGGCGCUGCGCGAGCUGCUCGACCUCGAGGCGGACAAGGCGGCACUCGAUGACGAGGUGCUGCAGCUCGAGGACGAGUCGCGGCGGCUCGACGCCGACGAGGAGCGCUUCUGGCGCGAGCGCAACGCCUUCGCCUCGCGCCUGGCCGAGUUCCAGAACGAGCGCGACAGCAUCAACUCGCGCUACGACAACGACGCGCGCCUGUAUCAGUCCCUACAGCGCACAAACGUCUACAACGACACCUUCCUUAUCAGCCACGACGGCACCUUUGCCACCAUCAACGGCCUCCGCCUCGGCCGCCUGCACGCCAGCCCCGUCGACUGGCCCGAGAUCAACGCCGCCUGGGGCCACGCCCUGCUGCUCGUGUCCACCGUGGCCGAAAAGCUGCAGUACCGCUUCGACGGCUACGAGCCCCAGCCCAUGGGCUCCACCUCGCGCAUCGUCCGCUACGAGGUUCCCUCCCCGUCGUCCUCGAGCCGCCUAGCCGCCGCCACCGCCGCGACCACGGUGGCUCCCCCUCCGCCCGCGCCCCGCCGGCACGUGCUCGAGCUCUUCUCGUCGGGCGGCGACAUGCCCCUGCUGCCCUUUAUGCACCGCCGCCUCGAUGCCGCCAUGGUGGCCUUUCUCGAGCUCGUCCGCCAGCUCGGCGCCUUUGUCGAGCGCCAGACGGCCGCCCAGGGCCGCCCGCUCGACUUGCCCUACCGCAUCGAGGGCGACCGCAUCCAGGGCGUCAGCAUCAAGCUCGGAAUAGCCCAGGACGACACGUGGACCAAGGCCUGCAAGCUGACGCUGACGUGCUGCAAGUUCCUGCUCGCCCACGCCAGCAGCUUGUGAUGAUAAUGCCUUUUUUUUUGUGUCUUUGUGCUUCGCAGGUGUGCUUAAUAUUCACUGGUUUUUAAACCCUUAUUUUCAUCAUCACAUCAUCCUCGGUUGCCCGGUCGAGGGGAAUGAGUAUGGGAGUUUUUGUGUGCAUUAUACUUUUUGGACACGGCGAGAGGCAUUGAUGGACCAUUUGUCAACCCUCCUCUUUCACGCCUUGGCAUGAUUGGUUGGCGUUUUACGGCCGAGGGAGUUUUGAUAUUCCAAACAUUUGUUGUCAUCAGAAGCACAAUACAGGCUUGGCCUUUCUUCUUGGCUAGGACCUCGUAGGAACACUUCUUAUCAUGAAACAGAUCAUAACAGUACCUUGGCCUUGCGGCUCUUGGUGAAGCCCUUGAACCCCUGGUUCAUCUUGACAACAGACGAGCAGACCGUAUGUGGCGGUCCGACACGACGACGCGGGCCGCCGCCGCCGCCCGCUCCCCGCCGCCGCCGGCCUCGGCAGCCUCGCCCUCGGCCAGGGC